AUGUAUUAUUUGGACCUCCUCUCUUACAGUGAGGCUGAGCUCCUGGAACUGAAGUACGAUGCACCCAUUCUUGACGCACAAGGGGUGGAUACUGGCCAAACUCAGCUUACUCAGCUUGAGCGGCCCCAUCGUGGCACUCUUCGGGCUUUACUUGGGUAUGCUUACCUUCGUCAAAACGUCCACCGCAAUCCGAUCACCCCGAUCAAUUGUAUGAACAUUGACUUACAAGCAUUCUUCAACUAUCAAUGUAGUGGUGAUUUUAUAGUUUUCAAUAAUUCUUCUUUCCCACAACCUCUUGUCUCCAAGCCUGAUCAUCGCAAACCUCUUGACUCGUCCCCUGAUACUCUCCUUCCAACACAGAUGGAGACGAACCCAGACAGCCAUCUAGCCACCGUACGCAACGAAUUUGCACCCAAACAUGGGGAGCUACAACAGCCAAUGAGCGACAAAUCAGACCGCCAAGCUACAGUAGACGUAAUCAGUAAUCAGUAUAGUGACACUAUUAGUCCUACUACUAUUGUUUCUUCCGCUCUACAACCUAGUAUUCGCACGUCUGACGGUGCCAAUAUACUCAAUGGUAGUCGUGCCACACAACUUGUUGGCGCACAAAGCACCAUUAGUAGACCGACACUGAACAAGCGUGACAUUGCAAAUGAUGUCAUAUUUGACUCCAACCUUGAAUGGGACCAAACUCUAUUGGAUUCCAACAUUGACAAGCUGGACGAACAGGGCAAAGGUGAGAGACCAUUCGAUAGAGUAGGCAUCCUAAAGAAUAGUAAAACUAUUUUAACUCUGAAUGAAGCCUCUGAAGAUGAGACUCUCGACCAACUAGAUGAUUUUGACACUGCUACGGAUCUGAAUGACACUAGCAUUGGUAAUGCCACACUCGUCUCCAACCUUGACUGGGACCAAACUUUAUUGGACCCACGCAGUGGCGAUCUUGUCUGUAGUGUCUCUGCCGACAGCACUAGCCACGGCUUGCUCCUUCAGUUGCCGGAUGCGAGCAUGGGGAGUGAUUCUGAUGCUCUUCUUCCUGAACAAGAUGAGACUGAUGAGUACCCAAUGGAUUUGGAGAAUGGGGAGCAACAGUGUGUGACGUCUAGGUCAAUCCAUUCUGUCCAGCGGACAAAUGAACAUUUCAAGAUUGUUGUGGACGACAAGUCUCCUAAAGUUGGUGGUCGACAGCGUUUGACAACACCAGACAGCUUUGUCUUACCACUUGACAUCAGCAAUGGCCUCCCAUAUCUGCGAAUGCGUUCACCAACAGAUCGUGAGCUGAGUAAUCCUGACAUUCCACAUGUCGUACUCACUUCUGAUACUGAUUGGGAACCAAGUGUAUUGGAUCAUUUGAUUGACAAUAUGGAAGAAUGGGCAAAGUCCGUUCCCGACCACGAUCCUGGUGAUGAAGAACACCUGUUUGAUCUUGUAGGAGUUCUUAAGAAUAAUUAUCUUUUAAGGAUUCUAAACUAG